CAACAAAUCAGGCUGUUCCUGAAUAUACGAGAACAAGCCGCCCGAACUUAGCCACAGUGUGUGGCUGGAUGGUUACGGGCGCGGCUACCCAACCGUAUACAUGUAAUACAGCUAUCGUCUUUGCUAUUUUUUUUUUUCGAUUCUGGCACACAGGGCAUAUAGUCUGUCACAAGUGCCAACCUAACCUACACCACCAUCACCAGCUUUUCCGUAUUACUUCCGUGUUGCUUUGCACGUCUUGUUUUCACUGUGGUGACGAUUCUUACUCCACAAGUGAAAGGGGACCUACCUGGCAGGCCAGUACUGCGACAUCGCUCUGGUGAGUGACUUGCUUUAAUUAAAGCACUCUUGUGACGUCACCCUAUUCAGUACACAACCACAGGAGUCGAUAUACCAUUUUGAAUGGGAGCCACAUGAAAUUUGCUCACGGACCGUCACGCAAAGCAAGUAUGGCAACACUUCCAAGAUACCAAGAAGGAGGUUGGGGCUGGGCGGUUGUGCUGGCCAACUUCACAAUAGAGCUUGUCUUUUUCGGCAACUUGAAAGCACUCGGAGUUCUGAUUGCUUCUAUGACAGAGGACUUCGACACCGAGCUGUGGGUAGUCGGCUCCAUAGCCUCCCUACAUUAUGCAAUCCAGACUCUCCUAGCACCCUUGGCCGCUGCAAUAGCACGCAAGUUUGGCAACCGAAUCGUAGUAUUUUUCGGCGGCAUGCUCUAUGGAGUUGGUCUAGUAAUGUCAGCUAUGGUGCGACAUGUGGCCAUCUUGGCUGUUGCGCUGGUGGUUAUAUCUGGUUCUGGGGCCGUUUGUACAACGUGGCCAGCACACUCAGAACUAGCUUUCUACUUCCGGGAGAAGUAUGCCCUCGCUGCCUUCGUGACGCUGACGGGAUCUCCUGUCGGUAUGAUGCUGUACGGCCCUGUAACUCAAUUCCUUGUGGACGUGUACGGUUGGCGAGGAGCAAUGCUGCUACUGGGUGGGGUCAGUUUCCAUGUCGUUGUGGCAAGCAUGUUGGUACGAAGACCGCCAGCGUCUUACUAUGCAGUAGAAGGCAAUGUCGAGACAAGUGAUUGUGCGAGUGAGGAACCAGGGAAGUCAUUGAGAUCCAAGGUCUGGAAUGCAGUUGUCUCGGUGUUGUACCUGGAUGUCUUCUAUAGCAUCGAAUUUAUAAUUUUGUCCAUCAUCAGGAUGAUUUACAGCAUUGCCUAUGGUGGAGCCGUUGUCUACAUCGUGUCUAAUGGUUUGGCACUGGGAUUGAGCGCUCGCGAGGCGUCGUUUUUGACAACGGCUUGGGGGAUUGGGAACUUGGCCGGACUGGUUGUGUCUGCUUUGGCUUUACACAUGAAGACCCUGUCGGUCCGCGGCACUGUAGGAAUAGCUGCGAUCGUGAGUGCAGUGGGUUUAGUUCUGGAGCCCCUUGUGUCUAACGUCAUUGGUCAGAAUAUAAUUGCAUUCAUCGUAGGAGCCGGGAUGGGAAUUGCUGUCGAAGCUUUAUUUGUCAUGACGAGGUGUUUACCAUUCGACGACAACGAAUUUGUCAAUGUGCUAGGCUGGCAAUGUUUACUGAGUGGGUUAGCAGUCUCAGUCGGCGAUGUUAUUGCAGGUUGGCUUUAUGACGUGACUGGCAGUUUUCACGCGACAUUCUUCUUAUACAGUGUUGCCAUGGCAACCAUCUUAUUGUGUCUUCUGUUGGAUAUUUUUUGCGCCUCAACCGAGUCAUCUAAUCAAAAUGGAUUGAUGGUCCUUAUGACUUCGUUAUUCCGGAGUGACUCAAUUACACGCUUCAAGGCUUCGCCAAUUCAGCCGUCUAUCGAUUCAUUUCCAUUACAUAGAAGUUGAACUGUUCAACAAAUGACAGUUUGAAAAUCAAAUCUUAAUGUGAACGUUUCUCCAAUACCAGUGUAAAUGCACGUAGACGAGUUUGCCACAUUCACGUACAUCAACAAGCCAAUCAAAAGACAGCUUGUGCAAGUAACAACCACGAUCUCACUAGUUAUCUUCCACCUCCUUUUCCACCCACUGUCAGAUCAGGUAAUCUGGUCUUCCCAAUUUUACAUGACAACAUAACUUACCCUAAGAGCACCACUGUGUUGACCAUGACUUGUACACUGUUAAAAAUUGUCUUGUGCUGCAAUGCGUUUUCUGUAAAAUGUAUCAGUAAUUAAUAGAGAAGCUUUGUAACGGACGUACUUCGUGACUGUACUGUCAUUUUUUGCGUCACAACAGAACCCCGUAACAAGCAUUCUGAAUGUACCAUUUGCUCUGUAACAUGAAUUAACAUAAAGUUGCAUGUUGACUUUGGUGCACAAAACCACUUUCAUUAAAGCUGGUUUUGCCAUUUUUUUCGCGUUUCCUGUUAUUGCCAGUAACAUGUAAUGUUCUUGUAGAGAAAGAAUUUUAUUUUAAUAAUCUUGCGUGCCAAAAAAUAGGAACUGCUGAAACAAAUAUGUGUUUAACCUGCCACCCUGCCAACUUGGACUAAAUUCGUAAGAAAAAGCAAUGCACAUAAAAGGAAGCUAUGUGCCACCAUAGAUUAGUCGAGUAGCGAUUGUGAUAGUACUGCGUCUUUCAGGUUAGGAAAUAUGUCUUAACACAUUAAAUGAAAAUCAAACGUGUCAGUGUCAUCAAUCAACAGCAUAGGUAGGCUCCCUCAACCUUGCAAGCAGCCUCCUUCAACCUCGUCUAAGUUGCUUAUUGUUUUAUUAAAAAAAAAUCUUCAAUCUAACAAAUAAAAUCCUGUUUAUGUACAAAAUGAGCCUCUGUACAUAAACAUGACAUUUUGUAAUAACAACCGACUGGUUUUCUUCUGUCAAAAAGCUUUUGAAUUUUUCUCCCUUGUGUAAAUUUUUUCCACUGGUCAGCUUUGUUUCCACGAGGAAGCAAAGAAUUAGUCACAAAACAUGCAUUUUACACAAGCUUUUGAUAUGCUUUUUGCUAUUUUGAAUGUAGAAAACCAGAUGUCCACCUUUGAGACGCCAUAAUGUAAAUGCAUGUACAUGUAUUAUGCGUUCAUAUUUGAUUCUACCAUAGAACACUAAUCACCAAAGAUCCUGUCCUCGAUGUGAGUGUUUGUGGGUUUGUUUUUGCAUUCAUUCGAUUGAGGUCUUCCAAAAACUUAAAGCACGAACAAAAGGGGAAACAAUAAGGGUUUCCUGGUUGCAAGUAAAUAUUUCUGUGUACAUGUGUGAGUAGAUGUGUGGGGAGCAUUACUCAUAUUCGUUCCUCCCAGUGGUGUAUCAAUCAGGAGAGUUCAAGGAUGUUACCCCGGGGAAAUGUUGCAUUUUUUCACCAUAGGAACUUGAAGCGCCAACACGUUACAAACAGUUCUAGCUUCCUUUUCAUGCAGGGAGAGGUCUUUUACGGAUGAAAAGACAAAGAACACCAUAUUUCAACACUAUGCUCGCAAUUUGUUUGACGCAUAUGGAAGAAUGUUAAUAAGGCACUCUACCACUGACCAAUAGACGCUUUGUGCGGCAGCCAUCUUGCAGGGCAGUUCUUUUAUUUUACAAGGAAAUCUCUUUUGUGCAUACUCUGUGUGGAACAAAUCACUGGCCUGCAAGAUGGCAGCCCUGCAAACCCUUCUGAAGUUCCAAGUGCAUUAACCCCAACAUCUGUUUGGCCAGGACGUGAAGGCUUCUGGGGGCUGUCGCCAAUUCAUUUUAUUAGGGCAACGGCAGAUGUGUGUUCCUCAAGCCUGUGGGAGUCAAAUUCGUGGUAUUCUAAAGCGGACAGGCAAUAUUGUGGUCAAACUUUCAAACGCCAUGGUUUCAAUUUUCAAACUUCAGGGUAAAGUGGUGGACAUUUUUGAACCAAGGCAAGUCUCAACGGUGCCGCCUUGCAAGUACGGGGACGUUUAUUACCGAUUGGUCGAACGAAACUUACAGUGCAAGUUAUCCUUGAAUCAGAUCCCAGUAUUCUCGAAAAACCUAUUUGGUUUCUUUUUAGUGAAAAGGUACACGGCUGUCUGACAUGGCUUGUAGUAUUACAGUUGAAUAACUGUCUUUACAAACUGGACUGUUUCUCUUCUUGUAGCCUUUGCUUCGAAUGGACCAUUAGGUAUUUUAUGUCUAUGUUAAAAUAUUUCCAUCAACUACCUAAAAUAUUUCGAAACAAUUAAAAUAAUUUUACAAGAUAGGAUAGAUGGCAAAACAAUUAAUAAAUACGAAUAACACAAAACUAAAUGCCGUAAAAUGUAAAAAGCAAACCGUGAUGUUUUAAAUAAAACAGACCACAGAUUUCA